AUCCGAUCAAUGCGAAUCACAACACACCUCGUUCUGCAGCCAAGGCGGCAACGUGAGGCGAAGCACAUCUCUCACACUGUUGAAACUCUUUCUGGUGGAUGUGGAACACUGGCAAUGACGUGCAUGAUCCAGUCCAACAUCCAGGUAGGUCUGUACCACAGGAUGUAGUAUAACCUCCUGCGCUGGUCGCUGCGACGAAGUCCACGGCUUGUCCAUUCUAUCAAGCUUAUACUACAGCAACAUGCACUCCCGUGCUCUGCUAUCCCUGCUUUUGAGCGUCGCUCCAGCAUUGGCCAUUCCUCCACCAGAUUUCGGCUUCCCGGAGGCGCCCAACCACACCGAGCUCUCCGUCACGUAUCGAGAUAAUGGAAACCCGAUCGUUGUCACGGAAGCAGAGCUCUUUGGCGUAGGCAUCACCGCCAAUGAACCCACGGUCGCCCUCGAGACUGCCAACUACGAUUCGAUUGCCAGCUACAAUGGCUCCUACGUCCUCCUCAUGGUCGAUCCUGAUGCGAGAUACCCGUCGAAUCCCAAUCUCCGCUUCAUUGUGCACUGGUUACAAACCGACAUGAUCCCAGCUGCCAUGUCCUCUGAUGGUACGAGCCAGCUCAUGAACACAACCGCCCCGCGAGUCCCAUAUGCUAGACCUUCGCCUCCAACGAAUUCGUCCGCUCACCGCUACAUCAUCUAUACCUUUUUUCAGCACGGCAACUUCUCCUUCCCUUCGGCCUUUGAGGGCUACAGCGCCACAAACCGCACCAGUUUCAACGUGACAAGAUUUCUGGAAGAGUCCAACUUGGGACAGAGCCCUGCUGCGGCAAUGUAUUACUUCGCCAGCAACGAGACUCAGGUGCCACAAGAUUUUACUGCAGCAGGAGGUGGAACAUACCCGGGUGGCAAUGGAGACAUGAUCACGUCUGGCCCUGGUCCGAGCAUAACAUCUUCCACCGGCACCAGUCCUGCCAGCACUUCUGCGUCCGCCACUGGAUCAAGUGCAGCGACAAGUUCUGGGCCUGCCUCCACGACUCUGAGCGGCUCACAGACGAGCAGCGGUUCAGGGACCGCGUCGGCAGCAGGGUCGGCAGCUUCAGCAUCGAACACGGGCGGAGUAGGAAGGGUGGUUGCUGGGUCUGGAGCAAUGGUUGGCGCAGUCAUGGCUGUCCUAAACAUGAUCUGAAAGAUGUAGUGAGCACAUGCAAUGGGAAAAGUGGAUAUUCCGGGCAAUUUCUUUUUCGCAGUAUAUGUCGUGGGCGAUGAGAGCCCUUGUCCAUCCCAUCAGUUGCACGUUGCCUUCUGAUCCUGGCGAUUAUGACUAUGGCGUAGUAAGGAACCUCUUCAUGGGUGGCUGGAGCAGCCUUCGACGGACUAGACGUCACUCCAGGAGCACAGAAGAGAUACCAUACACAAGGGGUAGAAUUGUAUCGAGUCGUUCGCACGCUCGUGGUCUACAAGUCGUGUAUGAGAUUCCAAGAUACUCCAGAAAGAUGCCAGGUUCGACAGAUGCAUUUAUGAGUACGCACCCUGAAAACAAGAGGGCGGAACAGAAAGUUAUAGUUGCACGGAGUACACUGUAAAA